AUGCGUUUCUUGAAAGCUUUUGUUUCGGCCCUCGCGGUUGCGGUAACAGCAGAGCCUGUGCCUCGCCGUUCGGGCCUGAAACCCCUUGUGCGUCGCGAUGAGACCGACUCCAUGACCAAGGAGACCCUACUGGCGGCCAUGAAGGAUGCCAGCGGGAGCAUGGCUUUGCGUGAAGAGCCAUUCACCCUCAUUGUUCAGGGUGGUGCCGUGAAUGUUAUUCUCGGCAACCGACAGACUACUGGGGACAUCGAUUACAUCGCCACCACGUAUUCCGCCAACGAACCCGAAAAGUAUGGCGAAGAAGUCCUCGACAAGCUCAAGCCCGGGUGGAAAUGGGCCCAUCAGAGUUCCGCCAAGAGGUGCAAACCGAUUCCGUCAAAAUGGACCGACAAUACCAUCUCGGCGUUUUUUUACAAGAAGGCCGCCCUUUGGGAAAAGUACAAGUCGGAAGCCGAGGCACAAGACACUGUCCUCUCGGCCGAGGGGAUGGAUGACGAUGGAACGGGCAUCAAGUUCAUCGCCGCGCCGUGGGACUGGCAGUUUGUGGGCAAGAUGGUCUCCUCGGGGGCCGAUGGGAAGCCAAGAAAGCCGUAUGACUUUGACGAUGCCAAGUUUUACAUGCAGAAGUGGCUUGAAAAGAGUCAGAGGCAAUCUGUCAGCUAUAGUGACAUGAAGAGUUGGUUCUCGGCAUGGGGCAAGGAAGCACCGUCGACCCUGGGUCAAUUAGCUAGAGAGGUGAACCAAAAGGCUGGGACCGACUUGAUUACGGGUAUAUCGGAUGAGUAA